CUGGAAAAAGGUCUCAAUUACGUUGUUGCGCCGCGGAAGAUCCCUUAUGAGGACAUUAUCGUCAGUGUGGAAGAUUGUCUGGUGAAAAACAAUGUAGGCAAGGAAGAGUUAGAGGCAAUACGCCAGGAUGUCUCGUCUUUGUUACGGAGAGCGAAGCCCCCAAGAACAAAUUUACCUAGGGAUGAAUUUGUCGCUUUAAAAACAUUGCGUGAAGAUCCGGACAUAACUGUUCUUCGAGCUGACAAGGGUAAUGCGACCGUUGUACUUAAUACGUUAGAUUACAACGAGAAGAUAAGGAAUCUUUUGGCGGAUACAUCAACAUACAAACAUGUAAAGAGGGACCCAACUACGAAGAUCCUGAAAACCACUAAGGAUCUAAUUAGUGAGUACUCGGACAGCCUCAAUCUUAAUGUUGCAAGUUUAGUUCCUGAUUGCCCGGUGCCUCCGAAGUUGUAUGGAUUGCCUAAAAUACACAAGCCGAAUGCUCCGCUACGUCCGAUAGUGAGUCAGAUCGAUGCUCCUACGUAUAAAUUGGCUCAGCACCUAGCGGGAGUCCUUUCACCAUUGCGAGGUGGCACCAGCUCUCAUACAAAGGAUUCUUACCAUUUCAUCAGUGAAAUUAGAGAUCUCACAUUAACUGAUGAUGAAAUCAUGGUCAGUUUUGAUGUUCAGUCGCUAUUUACGAAUCUACCGGUGAAAGACUGCAUUGAAAUUGUCAAGAAGAGGUUGAGAGAGCAGAACAUGUCUGAGAACUACGCCAAGUUGUUGGAACAUUGCCUCACAUCGGGCUACUUGCUAUGGAAUGGUGAAUUCUACCUUCAAGUGGACGGCGUGGCAAUGGGGUCUCCGGUGUCUCCAGUAGUCGCCGACAUCUUCAUGGAGGACUUUGAGGAGAGAGCGCUCUCAUUGGCUGCCAAAGACUGUUCCCUUCCCUUCUUGGAUGUUCUCAUUUUGAGGAAUCCUGAUAAUAGCUUAGGUCGCACUGUGUAUAGAAAACCUACUCAUACUGAUAGGUACUUAAAUGGCAAAUCCCACCACCAUCCCAGUCAACUAGCUACUGUAGGCAAAUCUUUGUUUCAGAGAGCCCAAAGGAUAUGUGACGACCAACAUUUGACCGCGGAGCUUCGACAUGCCAGGCAGGCGCUGUUGGCGAACGAGCUCAAGAUACCGCGUGUCAAGCAGAAGGCCCGUUUGAAGAUCCCUACAGUCGAGCGCCGGCCUGCAAUUCUCCCUUUUGUUAGAGGGGUCACAGAUAGGAUCAGCCACAUCUUGAAACGGGCUUCUAUUAAAACUUAUUUCAAGCCUAUGAAGAAGAUGUCCCAAUUCCUGAGGCCUGUGAAAUGUCAAACUCCUCUACAAAGCGCGGGAGUGUACAGGCUAGACUGUGAGUGCGGCCUGUCAUAUGUGGGACAGACGAAACGAAGCAUUUCCACACGGGUGAAGGAACACAUAGCGGAUGUCAAGCACCGUCGGCAAAGGUCUGCAGUCUCUGAACAUGUCAUGGAUAAAGUCAAUCAUGCUAUAAAGUUUGACAAGCCUCUGGUUCUCGCUAAGGAGAAGCGAUAUAUACCCAGAAUGUUGCGAGAGGCCAUUGAGAUCAAGAAAUAUCCAAACUUUAAUAGAGAGGAUGGCUUUACUUUACCACCGGCUUGGGAUCCAGAUAUGUUCAGAAUGCUAGACUGGGCGAGACGUGGCAUAAAUGUGAAUGGCGAGUACAUCUCACAUUUGCGAUUUGCUGAUGAUAUCGUCAUCCUGGCUAAAACCCGGCAAGAUUUACAGGAAAUGGUGCAAAGUCUAGCUGGGUCUUCGCAGCGUAUCGGUCUUAGGAUGAACUUAGAUAAAACCAAGGUUAUGUUUAACGAGUACGCUGAUCCGGGACCGACCGCAGUUGAUGGAAUCUCGCUCGAGGUUGUUCUAGAGUAUGUCUACCUAGGGCAAACUCUCCAACUAGGUAAGAACAGCUUCGAGAGAGAAGCCAACAGAAGAAUUCGGCUGGGCUGGGCAGAAUUCCAUAAGCUUCGCGGAGUCUUCUCGUCACCCAUCCCACAAUGUCUCAAGUCGAAGGUCUUCGACCAGUGUGUCCUACCUGUAAUGACCUACGGUGCCGAGACGUGGGCACUCACGGCUGGAUUGGUCCACCAAUUCAAAGUCGCUCAACGAGCUAUGGAGAGGGCUAUGCUCGGGGUAUCUCUGAGGGAUCACAUCAGAAAUGAUGUGAUCCGUCACAGAACCAAAGUUACCGACAUUGCUCACCGGAUUAGCAAAUUGAAGUGGCAGUGGGCUGGUCACAUUCAAAGAGCAGAACAGAAGGCCUUCAUCCUAACAAGACGAUAUUACUGUUGA